AUGCCUGUGCCACUAUUCUUGUUCGUAUCUAACGCCCUGGACAGGAACCGCUCCCUCUCGAUCCGAUCAAAGGGCCAACAUGGCAGCGAGAAGUCGUCCGGUGGCAAGCACCGCUUCACCAUGGCUAGUCUUCGUGGUAUCCAACAACCCGACCUCUCCAAGAAGCUCUACCGCUUGAUCAAGACCGAAAACCACGCUAUCGGCGCAUACGAAGCUGCGGCCAAGGAGCAGGCCAACAUUGCUUCUCAACUCAGUGACUGGGGCGAGGAGACUGGUGACGACGCCAUCUCUGAGAUUUCGGACAAGCUUGGUGUUUUGCUGGCUGAGAUUGCCGAGCAAGAAGAUGUCCUGGCUCAAGGUCUCGAGGACAGCAGAGGUGUUCUCAAGCAGAUCCGCAACACCGAGUCUUCGGUUCAGCCCUCGCGCGACCACAAGGCCAAGAUUGCCGACGAGAUCCAGAAGCUGAAGUACAAGGAGCCCAGUUCCGUCAAGAUUGUUACCCUCGAGCAGGAGCUUGUCCGCGCAGAGGCUCAGUCCCUUGUCGCCGAGGCCCAACUCACCAACAUCACCCGCCAGAAGUUCAAGGAGGCCUACGACCUUCACACCGCCGCCAUCAUCGAGCGCGCCGAGAAGCAGAUUCUUUUGGCCAAGAACGCAAGAAAGUUGCUCAACCUUGUUGACGAUACUCCCAUUGUUCCUGGCGAUGCUCACCCCACCUUCUCCCACGCUGAGACUGCAAGGGAAGUCUUGAACGUUGCUGAGGACGAGCUCAGAGCCUGGACUCCCGACGUCGAGCCUAUCCACACCAACGCUGGUGGUCUUGGUGUCAACGCUAUGCCUUCUGCUUCCAUGCCCGCUACCUCUAUGCAAGGCCACGCUAGCGGCGUCUCCAGCUCUAUCGAUGCCGGAUCUCACAUGGCCCCUGCUCAGCACUCUGAACACUACACCCAGCAGUCCGAGUAUCCCACCCAGCACUCUGAGUACCAGGACUCCUCUGAACAAUACACCACCCCAGCCGAGCCUAUUGCAUCUGCUUACGAGCCAGUCGCAUACCAGACCCAAGCCCAGCCUUACACCACUGCCACCGAGACGCCAUACCCCACUGAGGAGCACGACUCCGAGCACGCCCGUAACGUAGCUGCUCGUGUCCUCGGUUAG